CCCGGCUCUGGUCACACCGUCCUCAACGAACAACUUGAAGAGCUGCAGGAAAAUCGAAAAACUUUCUUUUUCGCUGCAGUGUGUGUGUGUCUGUGCAUUCAAAAUAUCAUAAUUAAGCUAACGCAUCCCCAACGCGAACGCGGAUCAAUUGGCAAGCGGCAACGCCACCCGCUAUUGCGAAAAAAACGAAUAAUAUUGCCAAAAACACCUACGCGCAGGCAAUUAAGACCGUGCGAUUGUCUGUGUUAGUGUGUGUACGAGUGUGUGUGUGUGUGUGGGAGUGUGUGUGUGCUGCUUUCGAAGCAGUAAACAUUUGCGAGAAAAUCGAGGAAAAUGAAGAAAAUCCUUUCCAAGUUCGAGCGCAAUGAGAACUCGCGACUGGAGAAUCCGCACAACAGCAGCUCGUCCUCGUCCUCGAACGAGAAGAACUCCUUCGUGGGCAAGGUCUUUACAGUGGGACGCGUCGCAGUUACCGUGGAAGAUGUCCUGGCGGAGGGUGGCUUCGCCAUGGUGUUCCUCGCCAGGGGCAAUGGGGGCGGCAAUUCCGCAGCCACCAAGUACGCCCUGAAGCGCAUGUACGUCAACAAUGAGCACGAUCUGAAUGUGGCCAAGCGGGAGAUCCAGAUUGCGAGCAACCUCAGCGGGCACAAGAACAUAAUCGGCUAUGUGGACUCCAGCAUCACACCCACGGGCAAUGGAGUGUGCGAGGUGCUCCUCCUAAUGCCCUACUGCAAGCAUCACAUGCUGGCCAUGAUGAAUGCAAGAUUACAAGUCGGCUUUACGGAGCCCGAGGUGCUGACCAUCUUCUGUGAUAUUGCCGAGGCUGUCUCGCGGCUCCACUACUGCCAGACACCCAUCAUCCACCGGGACUUGAAGGUGGAGAACAUCCUGCAGACGGACGCCGGAAACUUUGUGCUCUGCGACUUUGGUUCGGCGACAGCCAAGACCCUGAAUCCGCAGCAGCACGGCGUCACUGUAGUGGAGGAGGAGAUCCAGAAGUAUACGACGUUGUCGUACCGAGCACCCGAAAUGAUUGAUCUGUAUGGGGGAAAGAGUAUAACCACAAAGGCGGAUAUCUGGGCCCUGGGCUGCAUGUUGUACAAACUGUGCUUCUUCUCAUUGCCCUUCGGGGAGAGCACCCUGGCCAUCCAAAAUGGACAGUUCUCCAUUCCGGACAACUCCAAGUACUCAAAGGGCAUGCACCAGCUGAUCAAGUACAUGCUGGACACGGAUAUGGAGCGGAGGCCCAAUAUAUGGCAGGUGUGCGAAGUGGCCUUCCGACUGGCCGGCAAAGAUAAUCCCGUUCAGAAUCUGCAUAAGACACCCAUUCCAAACUUCGACCUGCUCCAGGUACCUCCUUUCGAGUCGGAGGCCAAACGAAUCAGUGCUGCCGCCGCCAAGGCGGCCAAGCCCCAAAACGUGUCGAUUGUGGAGGCUGGUACCAGUGUCGCCCCACGCUCCCGGCCCAAAGGAUCAUCCUCGGUGCACGGCGGCAACGCCCUGGGUCUGGGCCUGCCGCCCAGUCCCUCGCCCCGGCAGAAUAUCACCUCUCCACAACCACAGGCGCAGGCUCAGCUCCCCCAGCCCGUUGUCGAGCAGUUCCAGGCCAACUUUCCAGCCAUGCCGGCCGCAGUUCCUCCUCUUCCAGCUCCGCAGGCCCAGGCAGCUGUUUCAGCAGCUCCUGUGGCCGCUGCCAGCAACCUCUUUGAAUCCAGUGGCUACCCGGAUCCCUUCAAUGAGCCAGCCACGGCUGCAGUUCCAGCAGCAAAUCUGCCAGCAACCGAGGACACCAACAAGGAAGAGGUGCCUCAGGAACUGGCUGUACCUGGUGGCACGCCCACGAAGAACAUGCUGACGCCUCCGAAGCCCAGCGGAGGUGGAGGUCACAGGCGCAAUGUCAGCGACACGUCGGCCUUCAAUAAAACGUUUGCCAAUGAAACGAGUCAGUUUCUGGCCCCGUUCAACAAUAAUUUGGCUGCCAUGGGCGAUGGACCCCAAACCUUGGCCAGCGCCGCCUCGAAUCCGGGGAUCUAUGCAGCUGCCAAUACUCAGGCAGCUGUUUCCAUCAGCGAACUGAUCAAGUCCGGACAGGGAGCGGCGGUAGAGAAGCGUGUGGAGGCCUGGAACCCGUUCGAGGAGGAACAGCCUUUCAGUCAGAUGACCGAAGACCACAUCUUCGAGGCGGAGUUUGACAAAAUCAGGCAGAGGGGCAGUCAAGGGAGCAUUACAGCCAAGUCAGCUUCCACAACUUCCACGCUGACGCCCACGGAACAGAAUGCUAGUUCUGUUGCCAUCACAACAGUUCCAGUUGCUGUCGCUGCUGCCGCACCACCACCUCCACCCAUUACGGCCGCUGUAUCGCCACAUCCCACCCAGGUGGCGGAGGACCCGUUCGGAUCGGCGCCAUUCAGUUUGCCACCCGGACUGCGCGAGAAGGCGACCUCACUGCGCAAAACCGGAGCGAAAUUCAUCGGCACCUCAUCCGGCGUAGGCGUAGGCGUCGGAUUGGUCACGCCCCUCAGCUCGGUAGCCAGCACUGCGCCCCAUUCAUCCAACUCGUCCAAGUGGCUGCUCUCCCCCACCCUGGAGGUGUCCAGCGAGGAGAAGACCUCUCUGAUCAGCAAACUGAAAACGGACUCGGAGUGCGGCCUGCCGGGUGGCGGAGCUGGCGGUGAUGCCGCUGGCUAUGUGAAGCUACCGCUCGAUGAUCGCAACAAGUACGAGAAGCUGCGCAGCAAGGACCAGCCCACUACUGACGACUCUGAUGAUUCCGAGGGCUCUGGCUUCUUCCAGCAAGACAGCGAUGAGGCCGGUGGCGGUGGUGGCGGCGGAAUCUUCAAGCAGAUGCAACUGGUGACCAGCACUCUGCCCGAGACCAUACACAAGAUCCAACAGGUAGCCUAUCACAAGGUGGACAAGACAUCCGCCCACCUGCCGAUCGUCAAGAAGCUGCGCCAAACGACCAAGAAGCCCACAACUGCCGCCCACCAGGCGGCCCAGCAACUGAAUCUCAUGGCCGCCGCCGUGGCUGCCCAGGCCGAGGAGGCGGCGAAGGCGGCGGAAUCUGAUGGUGAUUCCAUUGGAUCGGCCAGUGAUCUGCGGGCGGAGGACGACGACUUGUUCGACGAGAAUCCCCGCCAGACUCAGGCCAAACUGCGGCGCCCCUUGCCCUCGGAAAUGGACGGAAUCAGCGAAUCCGUCAAGACCUGCAGUAGUUCGGCAUACCAUGCCGAGUGCGAGAGCGUGACUACCCACGAGGACGAUGUACGCAGCCGGGUGGUGGUCAAGGUGCGAAUGCGGAAGAAGGACCGCAGUCUCGUGGCGGCUGGAAACGGUGGAGAUCCGAGUGCCCCAUCGGAGGAACUGAGUCCCACGUCCAGCGAUCUGAUUCACAAAUUUGGCGAUCGUCCUCUGCUACUAGACGACGAACUGGACUACGGUUCUGGGGAGAGCAAGAGCAGCGCGGAAUCUCCCCUAGCUGCUCCACUGCCAGAGAUCCCCGGAGACGAGGAGGAGGAUGUGUUCGCCUUGGCGCCGUUCAAGCUACCCGUUGGAGUUCCUUUGAAGAGAAAGAGCAAACCGAAAGCUAAACCCAAACCAGCUGAGCCGGAAAUGUGGACCUCAACGCCUGUGAAGGCUUCGGCACCAGGAGGAGACUCUUCCGCCACGAACUUUGCCAACUUUCCGGCGCAGUUGACGCCCACAAAUCAGACGGCGGAGUCACCGCAGCUGGACGAGUUCAAUGAGCCCAUUUUCAAUCCCUUCCAAGACUCUCAACAGAAGGAGGAGGAUCUGUUUGGCUCGGAGCCCUUUCCGCAGGUAAUUCGCACCAUCGAACAGAACCCGAUGCACCACUUUCCCCCCAGCCACAAUAACAAUAACAACAAUGUGAUCAAAGUGCCCGCCACCACCGGCACUGUCUCCGCCUCUGCAUCCGCCUCCGUUUGUGUUAAUGUUCCUGUACCCGUUACUGCACCCGUAUCCGUGUCCGUGGCUGCGCCACAACUGGUGACCAUAAAUCACUCGAUCAUUAUCAACAAAACGCCAGAGCCGCUGAUGAACCAUCAUCCACUGCUCCCAAAUAACAAUAACAAUAGUAAUCAGAAGUCGAGUGUUGGCGGCACCAGCAGUGUCUAUGUGAAUGUGCCGUCAUCCUAUUCCGCCUCCUCCGCCAGCCAGCCACAGUCCUCGCCGGCUGCUCCGCCUGUGUCUGUACCAGUUCCACCUCCAGCUACCCAUCUCCGACCCCUGCUGCCCAUUGCCGAUAAUACGUUUGUGCAAAUCUCUCAAGAUCGCUGCUCGGAUUUCACGCCCGACGACGAGGAGGAGCCCGUGGUGUUGCGUGGUGCCGAUGUGGUGGCCGACGGAAUGGGAGUACCCGCCAGCGGCAAGCCGAAGAAGGAGAAGUCCCAUUUGGCUGUGAGAGUACUCCCGGGCAAGCUCACCCAGAAGGUCAAGGGUCAUUCGUACAAGAAAGUAAGUGCCGCCGCUUUGGGAUCCACAUCGUCCCUCUCAUCCGGCAGCAAGCAGAAACAUCAAAGGCUCCAGUACCAGUCGCAUGACGAUGAUGACGAUGACGACGCUAGGCAGGAUCAGGAUGAGAACCGAGGUGCCACCAGUCGCAAUUUCCAAUCAAAUACCAUUCAAAAUUCAGCCAAAACCGGAUUCAGUAACAUGAGUUUCGAGGACUUUCCCUCGGACCAGGAGAUGGAUCGCCUCUCCCGAACCAUUCCCUUCGAGGUGGUCCGGAACGAGAAGAUGCUGCUGGAGGCGGAGAAGAAGUUCGGAUCGCUCAAGCGGCGGAACAACCUGUUCUCCUGAAUGCAAAAAAAAAGAGGACCAGAAAGGAUUACCUAUGGAGACCUGAGACUGAGUGUUUCAAAUUAUUAUUUUUUGGCAUUUCGUUUAAGCUUUUCUCCAUUACGUUCCGUUUUUCAAUAUUCAGAUAUAGAAAUCUGUAUUUUUUGAGCCUAGCAAUGUUACACAUAUUACUAUAUAGUAUAUAUA